GUCUUCUCCCCACUUCACUCUUCCACAGCAAGAUCUGUAACCCUUUUCUCUUCUUCACCCAACCUCCUCCCCCAUCAUCUUCCUCCCAUCUACCCCGCUUCACUGAUUCAAGUCCUCUGUUUUUGAUGAGGAUACGGAAGCAGGCUGCAAAGCUCCUAGGAUGGUCGUCAGGUUCUUCAUUCCCUGCUUCAUCUUCUCUGCAAUUAUCAGCAUUCGAUCAGUAUGGUUGGCCGCCGGAGCCGCCGUGCGUACAGUCGGCGGAAUCUUACUCCGGCGAGCUGCAGUGCCGGCUUAAUCUCUCCCCGUGGGAUGCCAUUGAAAGUCCCCAAUGCACGGACUCCCAGGAUGCAAAGUUGGAAUCCGUGAAUGAGGAUCAGAUGAGCGCAUUCGAAAAUAGCUCCGAAGCUAAAGAAAAGGAGAAAGAGAAGAUAGAGGAGGAGGAGGAGCAGGAUAAUAAAGUGCAGCGGAGGAAGAGAGGAGAGAAAGAAACUGAAGCCAUGGAUUCAAUCGCAGUAAUCAACUGCAAGAAAACGGAUGGUAAAGGAUGGCACUGCAAGCGCCCUGCGCAGAGUCCGCACUCGCUUUGCACCUACCAUCUCACCCAGCUGCGCUCCUACAGGGCUCGAUUUGAAGACCAUGUCUCCAGCGAUUACCGGAAGAAAUCUGCCGCGACGGUCGAUUGCGGCGGAGCAGCUUCCAGUUACUACUACUAUUACUCCAUUUUGGGACCUUGGUGGGGCAAGCGCAGAGGUCCUGUCAAUGGAAGUUCGGAUUGGAAUGAGGACUGCGGUGGAAAGAGUACUGAUAAUGAAACCCAUGCUGUUGCUUGCGAUAAUGGCGAAGAAGAAGCAGAAGAAGAAGAAGCAGUAGAAGAACAAGAAGAAGAAGAAGAAGAAGAAGAUGGGGAGAGCCGUGGUGACGUUAUCUACAAGAAGAAGAAGAAGAAGAGGGUGAUCAAGAGGCGAGGGAGGAAGCCGGUGAAGGCUCGUUCUCUAAAAUCUAUCCUUUGAUCAGAUUUUGGGAAGUUGGUUCUGAAAUUUGAGCUCAGUGUGGCGUAGUGUAGGUGUUGAUGGGGACGAUGACUCCAUCUGGGAGCUGGGAGCUGGGCUGUUAUGUAAAAUAACAACUAACAAACUGUUACGAUUUUCAACCAGAUUUUGGAAAACCUUUUUAAGUUAAUCUCGAAAGUUGAUAUAUCUUAUAUGCUUAUUGAAUUUAUGACAAUUACGAAUACAGCACUAUAAACAUUGUUAUU